AUGGUGUCUGUGGCCACUGGAGAAAAAGAAGGAGAAGAACACAAAAUGAAUGAGGCACCCGCACCGCCCGUCAUUGUCAUUAAUAGCUCUGUCGAAGAAGAGCAAAAAGAAAAGAAAGAAGAGGAAAACGGAAAGAAUAAGGAAGACGAAAUGGUGAGUAUUGAUUCGAAAUCUGGAGAUGAUAAUGCUGGAAAACAGGAUGAAACAAUCUCAUCUAACGAUGGUCAACAGAAAAAUGAGAUCUCUGGCUCUGUUUCCAGCUCCAGUUUUGAAGAACUCAACGUAGAAUCUGAGGAGGUCAUUGAGAAGAAAGAGAGAACACCUCAAGUUUCUGAAAUUUCUUCAACUGUUCCAUUGGCUGUGGAAGAAGACACCAAAACUUUGGUAGUUGAAGCCCAGGAAGAAAAAGUCAGGGAGCAUACAGAAAAGACUCCAGAAAUUGUUGAGGUUUCUGUUGCAAUUGAAGAGACUCUGGAAACUGAAGAAAUUGUGAAACCAACUGACGCUACUGAAGAAGUGAAAGAAGACAACAUCAAGGAGAAUUCAGACUCGACUCCAGAAGUUGUCCAAGUUACCGCUGUCAUUGAGGAGACUACUGUAACUCAAGAAAUACUCAAACCAACAGAAGUUUCUGAGGUUGAAUCUAUGAAAGAAGAAGAAGAGCCUGUUCCAAAGAUGAGAUCAGUCGACCAAGUUGCUGCUCCACCUCGGCCAAUUCGAAGACUUUCCGUAGCAAGAGCAUCUAUGAUGGCUCCAAAACCAUCUCCGAGACUUGCAAAGUACAUGGAACCGGUUAGAGAGGAAGGACAAAAGAAAAAGAAAACGAGAAGCAUGUUUUCGUGGCUCGGUGGCGAUUCGUCAAAAAAGAAGAACAAGGAGGUAUUGGAGACUGUUUCUGAAGGUCUCCGCAAGAUCUACAAGCAGAAAUUGCUCCCAUUGGAAGAAUACCACAAAUAUCACGACUUUCACAGCCCGGCUCUCGAUGAUCCGGAUUUCGACGCGAAGCCGAUGAUUCUCCUUGUUGGACAAUACUCGACCGGAAAGACGACGUUCAUCCGAUACCUUCUCGAGUCCGACUUUCCCGGAAUCCGUAUUGGCCCAGAGCCAACCACCGACCGCUUCAUCGCGGUUAUGCACGGUGACGAGGAGGGAAGUAUCCCUGGAAACGCUCUCGUCGUCGAUGCCAAGAAGCAGUUCCGCGCUCUCUCUGGAUUCGGAAAUGCAUUCCUCAACCGAUUCCAGUGUUCCACUCUACCGAAUCAAGUGCUCGAAAGUGUGACGAUUGUCGACACUCCUGGAAUUCUCUCCGGGGAGAAGCAAAGAAUCGACCGUGGAUACGAUUUCACUGGAGUUUUGGAAUGGUUCGCAGAGCGUGUUGAUCGAAUCAUUCUCCUCUUCGAUGCACACAAGCUCGACAUUUCCGAUGAAUUCAAGAGAUGUAUCGAGGCUUUGGCGGGAAAUGAGGACAAGAUACGCAUCGUCCUCAACAAGUCAGACAUGGUCGACCAUCAACAAUUGAUGAGAGUCUACGGAGCUCUGAUGUGGUCGUUGGGAAAGGUUUUCAAGACGCCAGAAGUGUCUCGUGUCUACUUGGGAUCGUUCUGGGAUCAUCCACUUCAUUACGACAUCAAUCGUCGUCUUUUCCAAGAUGAACAACACGAUUUGUUCCAAGAUCUACAAGCAUUGCCACGUAACGCAGCUCUCCGAAAAUUGAACGAUCUCAUCAAGAGAGCCCGACUUGCCAAAGUUCACGCAUAUAUCAUUGCUGAGCUUCGUAAGCAGAUGCCAUCGAUGAUCGGAAAGGAAAAGAAGAAGAAGGAAUUGAUUCAGAAUCUUGACAAGAUCUACGAGCAACUUCAACGCGAGCACAACAUUUCUCCUGGAGAUUUCCCAGAUGUUAACAAAAUGAGGGAGAAGCUUGCCGCUCAAGAUUUCAGCAAGUUCAAUCCGCUGAAGCCAAAGCUCUUGGAAGUGGUCGAUGGAAUGUUGGCAACUGAUAUUGGUAAAUUAUAUAUAUAA